AUGUUAGAUUGUUCACGGUGGGGAUCAGUUACAGGAUCUACAUGUAAAAUCAGCUUCCUCUCCACAUCCUACACUGGAGUUUACUGGUGUGAGUCUGAAUCUGGAGAAAACAGUAAUCCUGUCAACAUCACAGUGCAUGAUGGUGAUGUGAUCCUGGAGAGUCCUGUCCAUCCUGUGACUGAGGGACAUCCUCUGAAUCUACGCUGUUUAUAUCGCAGCACAAAUUCCUCAAACCUCCGAGCUGAUUUCUAUAAAGAUGGAUCAGUUCUCCAGACACAGACUACAGGAGAGAUGAUCAUCCGAACUGUCUCAAAGUCAGAUGAAGGUUUCUACCACUGUAAACACCCAGAGAGAGGAGAGUCACUGAAAAGCUGGUUCUCAGUCAGAGUCUCAGGUUCUAGAUCCGGUGGUGUAACAGUAGGAGUGGCUGUGGGUUUGGGAUUUUUGUUCAUCGCUUUACUGAUCUUAAUGAUCCUGCUGUGGUCCUACAAAAGAAAAAAAGAAAAGCAGAAGAAAAUCAAUCAGACAUCAGAGCAGAAUCAGAGCCGGUCAGGAGCUGAAGACUAUCAGUCAGGACACACACCACUUCAGGCUGGUGCUGAUGCUGAACCCGGUGUUAGUGAUGUGAUUUAUGCUAAUCUUGAACUAAAACCAAUGAAAAAUGAAAACAGAAUAAAAGUGAGCCGUGUGUCUGUGUCCACUGAUGAAGCUACAGUUCUCAAACAGAUCGCUGGAAAACUGUGAAUUGUGAUUGUCUUCUGUUUUUGCUAAAAUGCUCAGAGUAGUAAAGUCUGCUCAUCCCCUUCCUGUACCCAAGGAACAUCACUUAUUAUUUUUUAAUGCUUUUUACUGCUUUUCCUUUUCUACUUAUUCUGUACACUUAUUAUUAAGUAUUGGGACACCUGACCAUUAUACCAACAGGGAUUUUAAUGACAUCGCAUUCUAAAUACAUUAAUAUAGAGUUGGUCCCCCCUUUGCAGCUCUAACAGCUUCCACUCUUCUGGGCAGGCUUUCCACAAGAUUUGCGUGUUUCUGUGGGAAUUUUUGCCCAUUCAUCCAGUAGAGCAUUUGUGAGAUCAGGCACUGCUUUUGGACCAGAAGGCCUGGCUCGCAAUGUAUUCCAGUUCAUCCCAAAGGUGUUGAUUGGCAUUGUGGUCAGGGUUCUUUGCAGGCCAGUCAAGUUCUUCCACACCAAACUCAUCCAAUCAUGUCUUUAUGGACCUUGCUUUGUGCACUGGGGCACAGUCACACUGGAAUAGAAAAGGGCUUUCCUCAAACUGUUCCCACAAAGUUGGAAGCAUAGCAUUGUCCAAAAUGUCUUGUUAUGCUGAAGCAUUAACAUUUCCCUUCACUGGAAGUAAAGGGCCUAGCCCAACCCUGAAAAACAGCCCCAUACCAUUAUCCCUCCUGCACCAAACUUUACAGUUGGCACAAUGUAGUCAGGCAGGUAAUGUUCUCCUGGCAUCCACCAAACCCAGACUCGCCCAUAAGACAAACAUUAUUAUUUUACUCAUAUACUUGCACUUCAGUGCUUUUGGUUGUUUUUCGGUUGGAUACGAACACUUGGUAUCUGGUACUGCACACACCAAAGAAGAAGAAACAUGAGUGAAGUAUGUAAGUCUGUCACUGGUUUCUUACACAAAGUGAGUUAUUCUUGUUGAUGUACAAAUUUCACUGAUGAAAUAAUGAAUUAACAUGAAAGUACAGUUGGCUGGGGUGAACAUUUAUAUUUUUGGUUCUGCAACGUGCUGUCCUGGAUCAUUGCUGCCGUCAUCUGAUCUGUUGAUCCACACACACACACACACACACACACACACACACCUUUUAAAUAAUGUUGUUUUUGAAAAUUUUCUCUUUAUAAUUUACAUUUUUCUAAACAUUUUCUAUGCCUUUACACAUGACCUGAUGCUUUGGUAGUCAUCUCACCACAUUCAAUAGAGGAGGCUUACGUUAGAGAACUCGUUUUGUACUUCAGCAAUGUUUAGAUAAAAUAUGAAUAAAGAUGUACAACUCUGAAUGAAAUGUAGGUUAUCCUUGCCAUAUAUACAAAUAAUAUUUUCCUUAAAACAUAUAUAUUUUAUAUCUUUUCAUUCUGUUUGUUGUUAAUUUUAGACAGGUUAAGCAGUGAUGUUGAUGGUAGUCAAAAAUCAGCAGCUUUCCACAGGUAGUCUACAUUUAAAGCCAAGUUAUUAGUAAAUAUGUUUGUGUGGAAUUACAGUGUACAAUUGGGUGUUUUAUAAAUGAACAGUGUCAUAAACAGAGCUGUGGUGUUUUUUCUACUGUGAUAAAAGCAGUAAGUGUCUUCUGAGCUGCAGUCACUUACUGCUUUUAUCACUGGAGAAUCAACACUACAGCUCUGUUUAUGGCCCUGUUCACUGUUCAAUUCCAUAUUUGGACAAAAUCUAUUCAUGCAUACCAAAUGUACAUCUGAACCAACAUGAUAGAUGACAAGGACAAGGUCCACUGUCUUCCAAAGUUUAGCUCCAACCCUAAUCAAACACACCUGAACAAACUAACCAAGGUCUUCAGGAUUACUAGAAAAUUACAGGCAGGUAAGUUUGGAGGUUGGAGCUAAACUCUGCAGAUUUGAAGAACCCUGUGAUAGUUUCAUUGUUAUCACUAUAGACUUCAUUGAGAAGCAUAAGCUAUUGUAUGUCAAUCAAAAACAC